UAUUUCCCGGGGUGGAAAAGUUCUGGGGCGGGAGGCGUGCAGGGGCUGCCGAGGGGCGUCUGGUUACAUCUCCGCCCUUCUUCAGCUUCCAGGCCGCGGAGCCGCUGGGCUUGCGGGACAGCAGUUCGGAAACAUGUUGGCCAGAAGCAGCCGGAGUUGGGCUGCGUGGACGCGGGCGCUGCUGCUGCAGCUGCUGCUGGCGGGGCCCGGGGGCUGCCUGAGCCGCCAGGAGCUCUUCCCCUUCGGCCCCGGACAGGGGGACCGGGAGCUGGAGGCCGGCGACGAUCGCGUCUCCCCCGCCCUGUUGCUGAGCGGGGGGCUUCGCUUCUACGACAAAUCCAACAUCGACUCGGUCUACGUCACCACAAAUGGCAUCAUCGCAAUGAGUGAGCCCCCAGCUGAGGAAUCCCAUCCUGGACUCUUCCCACCGACCUUCGGGGCCAUCGCACCUUUCCUGGCUGACUUGGACACCUCAGAUGGCCUUGGGAAGAUUUAUUAUCGAGAGGACUUCUCCCCUUCUGUCACUCGGCUGGCAGCAGUGUGUGUCCAGAGAGGAUUCCCGGAUGUCUCUUUCCAGCCCCGUAGUGUGGUGGUUGUCACUUGGGAAUCCGUGGCCCCCUACGAAGGGCCCAGCAGGAACCCUGCCCAGGAAGGCAAGAGAAACACAUUUCAGGCUGUUCUGGCCUCCUCCGAUUCCAGCUCCUAUGCCAUUUUCCUGUAUCCAGAAGAUGGUCUGCAGUUCUAUACGGCAUACUCAAAGAAGGACGAGAACCAAGUUCCUGCUGUGGUUGCGUUCAGCCAGGGUUUAAUGGGAAUCAUAUGGAAGACCGAUGGUGCUUAUAAUAUAUUUGCGAAUGACAGAGAAUCAAUUGAAAACUUAGCCAAGAGCAGCAAUUCAGGGCAGCAGGGUGUCUGGGUGUUUGAGAUUGGAAGUCCAGCCACAGCCAGUGGUGUGAUACCUGCUGACGUGGACCAUGGACUCGAUGAUGGACCAGAAUAUGAAGAGGAAGAUGAAGAUUAUGACCCGGUGAUGAGGCUGGGCCCGGAGGACGUGGCCACUACGCCCUUCCCCUAUGAGGCUCUGGGAAGGAGAGACACAGACACGUACCGUGUGCCCAGUUUACUCUCACCCCACCACAUAGCAACUGAGAGCCCCCCUGAACUUCCCACGGUGAAGACCAGGUCUUUCCAGUUGCCGGUGAAGAGGUUUCCCCAGCAGCACCCACAGGUGAUAGAUGUGGACGAAGUAGAGGAAACAGGAGUUGUUUUCAGCUACAACACUGAUUCUCGGCAGACGUGUGCCAACAGCAGACACCAGUGCUCCGUACACGCAGAGUGCAGGGACUACACAACUGGGUUUUGUUGCAGCUGUGUUGCCGGUUAUACGGGGAAUGGCAGGCAGUGUGUUGCCGAAGGGUCUCCUCAGCGAGUUAACGGCAAAGUGAAGGGAAGGAUCUUUGUGGGGAACAGCCAGACCCCGAUUGUCUUUGAGAACACUGACCUCCAUUCUUACGUGGUCAUGAACCAUGGACGCUCCUACACGGCCAUCAGCACCAUUCCUGAGACCCUCGGGUAUUCCCUGCUUCCUCUGGCCCCCGUGGGAGGCAUCAUUGGAUGGAUGUUUGCUGUGGAGCAGGAUGGAUUCAAGAAUGGAUUCAGCAUCACUGGUGGCGAGUUCACCCGGCAGGCUGAGGUAACCUUUGUGGGGCACCCAGGCAAGCUGGUUAUCAAACAGCAGUUCAGUGGCAUCGACGAGCAUGGGCACCUGACCAUCGACACAGAGCUUGAGGGCCGCGUGCCACAGAUUGCAUUCGGCUCCUCCGUGCACAUCGAGCCCUACACGGAGCUCUAUCACUACUCCCCCUCCGUGAUCACAUCCUCCUCCACCCGGGAGUACACCGUGACAGAGCCUGAGCGGGACGGGGCUACCCCCUCACACACCUACACCUACCAGUGGCGGCAGACCAUCACCUUCCAACAGUGCACCCACGACGAUGCCCGGCCUGCCCUGCCCAGCACCCAGCAGCUCUCAGUGGACAGCGUGUUUGUCCUGUACAACCAGGACGAGAGGAUCUUGCGAUAUGCCCUGAGCAACUCCAUUGGUCCCGUGAAGGAAGGCUCCCCCGAUGCCCUUCAGAACCCCUGCUACAUUGGCAGUCACGGCUGUGACACCAACGCAGCGUGCCGGCCCGGCCCCGCAACACAGUUCUUCUGUGAGUGCUCCAUCGGCUUCCGAGGAGACGGGCGGACCUGCCAAGAUAUCGAUGAGUGUUCUGAGCAGCCCUUGGUGUGUGGAAGACACGCAAUCUGCAAUAAUCACCCCGGAACCUUCCGCUGCGAGUGUGAGGAGGGCUACCGGUUUUCUGACGAGGGAACGUGUGUGGCUGUUGCAGACCAGCGCCCCAUCAACUACUGUACAAGUGGCCUCCACGACUGUGAUAUACCCCAGCGGGCCCAGUGCAUCUACACUGGAGGCUCCUCCUACAGCUGCUCUUGUUUGCCAGGCUUCUCCGGGGAUGGCCGGGCCUGUCAAGAUGUGAAUGAGUGCCAGCCGAGCAGAUGUCACCCUGAUGCCUUCUGCUACAACACUCCAGGCUCCUUCACGUGCCAGUGCAAGCCUGGUUACCAGGGAGAUGGCUUCCGUUGCAUGCCUGGGGAAGCGGAGAAAACCAGGUGCCAGCAGGAGCGCGAGCACAUCCUCGGGGCGGCAGGCGUGGACCUGCAGCGACCCAGGCCCCCUGGCCUCUUUGUCCCCGAGUGUGACGAGCAUGGACACUACGCACCCACCCAGUGCCACGGCAGCACCGGCCACUGCUGGUGUGUGGAUUGGGAUGGCCGCGAGAUCGAGGGUACCAGGACCAGGCCCGGAACGCAGCCCCCUUGUCUCAGUACAGUGGCGCCCCCAACUCACCACGGACCGGUAGUGCCUACCACUGUGAUCCCCCUGCCACCCGGGACGCACUUACUCUUUGCCCAGACUGGGAAGAUAGAGCAUCUCCCCUUGGAGGGAAAUACUAUGAAGAAGACUGAAGCUAAGACGUUACUUCAUGCCCCGGAUAAAGUUAUCAUUGGACUUGCCUUCGACUGUGUGGACAAGAUGGUUUACUGGACUGACAUCAGUGGACCUUCCAUUGGGAAAGCCAGUCUGCAUGGUGGAGAGCCAACCACCAUCAUUCGACAAGAUCUUGGAAGCCCAGAAGGCAUUGCCCUUGACCAUCUUGGCCGCAACAUCUUCUGGACGGAUUCUCACCUAGAUCGAAUCGAAGUUGCAAAGCUGGAUGGCAGCCAGCGCCGGGUGCUGUUUGAGACCGAUUUGGUGAACCCCAGAGGCAUCGUAACGGAUUCCGUGAGAGGAAACCUUUAUUGGACAGAUUGGAACAGAGAUAACCCCAAAAUCGAAACAGCCUACAUGGACGGCACAAACCGAAGGGUCCUCGUGAAGGAUGACCUGGGCUUGCCCAACGGGCUGACCUUUGAUGCGUUCUCAUCUCAACUGUGCUGGGUGGAUGCAGGCACCAAGCGGGUGGAAUGUAUAAGCCCCGAUCAGCCCAGCAGACGCAGGAUUCUUGAAGGGCUGCAGUAUCCUUUUGCCGUGACCAGCUAUGGGAAGAAUCUGUACUACACAGACUGGAAGACGAAUUCCGUGAUUGCUGUUGAUCUUGCUAUUUCCAAAGAGACGGAUGACUUCCACCCUCACAAACAGACGCGGCCAUACGGCAUUAUCACUGCCCUUUCUCAGUGUCCACAAGGCCACAACUAUUGCUCGGUGAACAACGGUGGCUGCACCCAUCUCUGCUUGGCCACCCCAGGGAGCAGGACCUGCCGCUGCCCUGACAACACCCUAGGAGUUGACUGUAUUGAGCAGAAAUGAAGACAGGAGCACUUAUUCCCUCUCCAAGCAUUUCACAGCAACACCCUACUUGAAAAGAUCCAGACUGAAAACUGUUCUCUGUCUGAGUGGCCACCAGGCCCAGGUCUAGCCACCUGAGCCCUGACAACUUUUCCCUCACCGUUCCCUAAAACAUACACCCUGGGCUUCUGUUCUGGGAAAGCCUCUACCCCUACAUGAGGACAGAAAACCUUCCUGGCCCCAACCUUCAGACAAGCUUAUACAGCACCAAGUGAGGACUGUAUGCUCAUCCCAAUCCCCUGGAACCUUUUCCCAACCUUAGCCGCACUGUCGUGCGCAACUCUGCAGGCCUGAGGUGUCUUUCCCCUGUGGUCUUAUGAGCUCAGCCUUACUCUGAGCCACUUACCGUCCUGUCAGCCCCCAACACACCAGCCAGGGCCCUCCUACACAAGGUUGUGAGUGAAAGAGGGAGUUAGCCUCUCUGCAAUUUCUCUCUUGGUGCUCUGAUAUCCCUUCUGAUACUCCCAGCAUUUUACAUCUCAGCCCUUUGCGACCUUCAUCCUGCCCAAGGUCCCCAUUAUAGAGAGUAUGCCCUGCCUUUAGAUAAAAACCCACCCUGUCCUGGGGGAUCUAUGGGUAUUUCAUGAAUGAUAGUCAAAACCUUAAAUUGGAGAAGUGUUCAGUGGUAGGAAUUUCAAAGUAUAGAGUCAGAUUUUUGAAGAUAGGGGAUUCUUUUUAUGUGCCUUAAAUGUCACUGAAGACUACCAACUUACUCCCCUUUUCUCAGAGCACCAGCCUUCAGCAUGAGGUCUCUCAGGCAGCACAGCCCCACUGCAAGUGCCAGUGUUCAGUCACUUCACAGAAAACGUCUGAGGCGGAGGCUGGGACUAGUACCAGGUGAUGACCAACCACAGUCUUGCCUCUGGCCUCCACUCUUGGGAGCCAAUUUACAAGCCAUGAACUUACUGCUGCUUUGUUCCUCCAACUACCAUGGCUUUUGCUAUCUAUCAUGGAGCCUGCCAUGACCUCAUUCCAGGAGGACCGAAUAAGAUAUUUAGACUAAUGGUCCACAUCUUUUAUUGAUCAUUGGUAUAAUUAAAGGGACCAUUGUCUCAUUUCAUGUUUAUGUUUUUACAGUUUGGUUAGUGAAUAUCUCCUGACCAUACGUUAUUUUUUUUAUCAGCUGCUUCCCAGAGUGUUAAAAUAAUGGAAAUUUUGUAUGCAAAGAUGAGUAUAAGGAAUUUAAGCCAGUGAAGCAUGUGGUAAGGGAGUAGAGAGGACUCAGUAAGAAAUAUCACAGAGAUAAUUGAUCAAGAGCAGGAAUGGAAAACCCAGGAGGGAGGAGAUUUAACAACACCAAGAAGAAAAACUUUUCAAUAACUCCAAAAUGGUGUAUUUUUCCAGAGAACACUUUUACUUGAGAAUUUGUCUGAUUUUCUCCCUGGGGAAGGGAUCUUCCCACUUCUCGUCAAAUUCCAGGACAAUCAGCCCCACUCACCCUCACCCCACCCCACCCCGCAUUUGUCCUCACCUGCUUCUUGCUGAGGCAGAACAUUGGAACCAAAAUUGGUAGAGAGUCUUUCCUUGAAGAAUUAGAGUUUGUUUUGAGAGACAAAUAUAUCCCCAAGGAUCCCAAGAUUUGGGGAACACGUGGGUCUUUUAUAUUGCCCAACCCAAAGUCAGUUUUACUUUAUGUAUUUAUCAUUCCAUAUCAACCCCUCUGUAUCAAGUGUGUGUCUGAUUUUGUAUAAUUUUUAUAACUAUUUUAUUCAUUUUCAUAGGUUCAUUCUAAACUUUUAAAAAUGAUAAAUUUUUAAACUGUGGAAAA